AUGAAUCCGCAGAUCAUCCAGACCGGAGGCUCUCCCGGCGCGGCGCCCCUCGUGCUGAUCCACGACGGCAGUGGGAACUGCGCCCAUUACUUUCGCCUGGGCAGCCUACAGCGCCGCGUCUAUGGCAUCCACAGUCCUCGAGCCCGCUGGAAAGGAGGCAUCUCCGAGAUGGCCGAUGUCUAUGCCGAACUGGUGCGCACCGUGGUGCCCCGCGGCCCGCUGCUGUUGGGCGGCUGGUCGCUUGGAGGCAUCGUCGCCAUCGAGGUCGCCCUGCGCCUCCAACAAGACCCUGCCAUCCAUGUCCGCGGCAUCGUUAUGGUCGACUCCGUCUUUCCCCACCGCGACCCCCUAGACACGCGGCCCGUGGUGCAAACCCUCCCCAAAUUUGCCGCUGGCUGUCCGCUCGAGCUCCAGCGCGCCGUCCGCCGCUCCAUGGCCCUUUCAGCCGCCAUGCUCGACUCCUGGUGCCCGUCAGCACGAAUGCAGCCUGCAGGCGAUUACUUCAGCUUUCGAGAACGCCGUGGAAACAGCGUCGAGACGCCGCCGCUGACGCACACUCAAAACACCCCAACAUCACCUGACGAUUUGGCCACUCCGCAUUCGAUGGGAGGCCCAGUGCAGGCCCCGGAGAAAAAGCCCCCCCAGCCUGCUGUGCCGCCGGCAAUUCUGUUACGCGCAACGGACCAUUUUCCUACCCCAGAAAUGCAUCUGUCCAGGGUCGACAUCCAUCGCUCAGACCUGCUGCUCGGUUGGGGCCGUUACAACCAAUCCUUGAUCCAUGCCGUGUUGGACCUGCCCGGCCAUCAUUUCAACCUCUUCGACCCAGACCACGUAGACUACACAACCCACGAGCUCAGUCUUGCCUGUCAAAUGCUAGAAAUAGGCACUCGGUAG